CGAAUAUAUUAUAAUGAAUCCACAGUAACUGAAAUGACUAUACGGUGAAACAAAAACACACUAAUAUCAAAUGUUCAACUGUUUUGACAUUGACGAUGUGUUCUUAUAACUAGAUUUAAUUUCAAUUUUAGAAUACGAGCUUUAAUGAAAAUCAAGGCAUCAAGGACCGGUACUGAUAACGCUCACUGUGUAGGAAUAACUGAUAGAAUUGAGAUGCAACCUGUAAUUCGAGAAAAUAUCGAAGACGAACAUGUUUACGUAUCUACUAAAACAGAGAACUUAACUCCCUCUGCGAAUGGUGCUUGUGGAAUUUCCUUUGAAUUUUCAGAACAAGAUUCCCAACUUGAUAAAACAGAAACGAAUUUUUAUGAAAUUGACCGUAAGAAAAAUGUGAAAAGGAAUACUUCACCGAAUAAAACAAAAUUACAUGUUGAUGUAAAUCUCUGUGAAGAAAGUAUGAAACUGAAAUACUCACCGCCUUAUGCAGAAAAUCAUUUUUAUGAAAAUGACGGCCAAGAAAAUGUGAAACAUGAAUUUUCACAUAAUACAACAAACGCUCAUUCUUAUGAAAAUGACGGUCAAGAAAAUGUGAAACUUAAAUUUUCACCUGAUACAGCAGAAACUCAUUUUUAUGAAAAUGACAGUGCUGAAAAUGUGCUACUUACGUCUUAUACAGAUAAAAGAGAAACUCAUUUCUAUGAAAAUGACGGCCAAGAAAAUGUGAAACUGAAUUUUUUCCCGGAUAAUACAGAAAAUAUCUGUAAUGAAAAUAUAGAAUUGAAUUACGCACUAGAUAAUCCAGAAACUAAUUUUUAUGAAAAUGACAGUGCGGAAAACGUGCUCUCUUCGUCUACUACAUAUCAAGUAGAAACCAAUAUUUAUGAGAAUGACCGUGCGGAAAAUUUGCUCCUUUCUUCUGCAACAGAUAAAGCAGAAAAUCAAUUUUAUGAAAAUGUCCGUGCGGAAAAUGUGCCCCAUUCUUCUUCUACAGAUAAAUCAGAAACUCAUUUUGAUGAAAUUGACGUUGAUGAAAAUGAGAAACUUAAUUAUUUUAAGGAUGCAACAGAAAUUCAAUUUUAUGAAAAUGUCUGUGAAGAAAAUGUGACACUCACUUCUCCGGAUAACACAGAUAUUCAUUGUUAAGAAAAUAACAGUGAGGAAAAUGUACAACUGAACUACGUUGAGAUCGAUUUCACCAAAGCAGAUAACGAUUUUGACCGGUCAAAUAUUAACCUACCACAGAAUGAGGCAGGAAACAUAAUCUUGUCAUUAAAACAAUAGAAUAAAGUUAUGACUAAAGUUAA